AUGGGUUCAGCACAGAACUAUGAGCUACCUUGCAAGCUCAAUAACCCCGAUCUCCUGCACAACCUCUCUUUCGUGCAUGGAGAAUGGAGGAAGUCGAAGUCCGGCAAGACAUUCGAGGUAGUCGACCCUGGUACUGGAAAGGCAUGGACAGAGUGCCCGACCAACGAUGCGUCGGAUGUAGAUGAAGCUGUGCAAAGUUCACAGAAUUGUUUUGAGGAAUACAGAAAGAUCAGUCCCCGAGCACGAGCGCAGAUGCUGUUCAAAUGGGAUUCGCUCAUUCGUGAAAACAAGGAAGAUAUCGCCACGAUUCUUGUGUACGAAACCGGCAAGCCGCGCGCCGAAGCUUAUGGGGAAAUCGACUACUCAACCGGUUUCACCUGGUGGUUUGCUGGGGAGGCAGAGCGUAUUCAAGGGUCCGUUUUUACGCCUGCUUUGCCCGAUCGACGUGUUUUCACAAUCAAGCAACCGCUUGGAGUCGCUGCAGCGCUGGUACCCUGGAAUUUUCCAAUUGCUAUGAUCUUGAGGAAGGCCGGAGCUGCACUUGCGGCCGGAUGUACGAUGAUUGUGAAACCUAGUCCAGAAACACCCAUCACAAUUCUCACACUAGCGUACCUUGCAGAUAAGGCCGGAUUCCCCAAGGGGGCAUUGAACGUGUUGACCACCGAUUUAGACAAGACUCCUGAACUUAGUGAGGCUUUAUGUCGGCAUGAGCUGGUCAAGAAGGUCUCAUUCACCGGGAGCACCCGUGUUGGAAAGCUUGUCGCGAGAAUAUGCUCAGACAAUUUGAAGAAGGUCACUCUCGAGCUGGGUGGUAAUUGUCCGGUCCUCAUAUUCGACGACGCGAACAUCGACCAAGCUAUGAGCCAGAUUUUCGCAUUGAAGUACCGUCACGCCGGCCAAGCAUGUAUCACUGCGAACCGUAUAUAUGUGCAGUCCGGCAUCUUCGACAAUUUCCUCGAACGAUGGAAUGCUGAGACUCAGAAGAUCGUUGUGGGCCAUGGCUCAGAGAAGGAGACUACUAUGGGGCCAGUCACCACGCCGCGAGGCAUUGAGAAAGCACUAGCUCUGGUAAGCGAUGCUAAGUCCAAGGGAGCAAAAAUCCAUACUGGUGGCCAUAAGGUCUCCGGUAAAGGCGGCUACUUCUUCGAGCCUACUGUGAUCACGGGUGUCACUCCAGACAUGGACAUCGCCAGCGAGGAGAUCUUUGCACCACUUUGUAGCUUUCUCAAGUUCGAGACAGAAGAAGAGGUUGUCAAAGCUGCCAACGAUACAAGCAUGGGUUUGGCAUCGUACUGUUUCACCAAGAAUGUUGAUCGGCUGUGGAGGUUGUUCGAGAAUCUCGAAGCAGGUAUGAUCGGUUUGAACACUGGUAAUUCUUCAGCCGCCGAGUCGCCAUUCGGUGGCAUCAAGCAAUCAGGUUACGGAAAGGAAUCUGGCAAAGACGUCGCUGUGGCUGAGUAUCUCAUCAGCAAGACGGGAACUUUCACGCUUGAAGGGCAGUCCUAG